UGUUGGUUUCGCGCGUUUUUUUUCAGUUUUGUUUGACAGAUAAUUACUCUCAAUUAAGUUUGUUUGGCUGGAUCACCUGCACAAUGGUUAAGUGCGUGCUUUGCCGCUCCAGCAAAGAUAAUUUGGUCGAUUUCGGGCCUUUCCAUCGCCUGGACAAUGGGAAGUUGUACGUGCAUCAGAAUUGUUUGUAUCUCAGCUCUGGUCUGGUGCAACGGGGUGAUGACAAUCACGGCGUGUUGCAUUUUCUGACGCCCGACAUCGUCAAAGAGGCCGAACGAACCAAACCCUUGCUUUGCUGUUUUUGCCAUGAGCAAGGAGCCAACAUUGGGUGCUGUAAGGCCAACUGCCGCCGAACAUUCCACACUGGGUGCGGCGUCGAACACAAUGUACAUAAUCAAUUCUGCGAGACAUUCAAAUCCUACUGCAAUUAUCAUGUGCGCAGGCAUGAAUAUCGUCCAAAGCCAACAGAGGAUUGUGUCAUCUGUUAUGAACGUUUAAUUGGAGAUGGCAUGAAAUUCAACUAUGUGACAUUUAUAUAUUCGCCCUGCUGCCAGAAUGGCUGGUACCAUAAGACCUGCCUGCAGCGUUAUGCCAAUUCAUCUGGUUAUUUCUUCAAAUGUCCUCUCUGCAAUAAUUCGGAAACGUUUCGAGAUGUCAGCUAUUGGGGCAUUUCUGUGCCAAAUAGUGAUGCUUCGUGGGAACUUGAACCCGGGGCCUUUCACGAGCAGGCCCAGAGAGAUUUAAUGUGCCAUGCUGACCGCUGUCGGAAUUCCAAUGGACGCAAAGCCAAUAAUGAGCAGGAACUCUGUUACUGCAAUUCAUGUGGUUCGAAUCCUGUACAUGUGGGUUGUACUACCCACAAUAUAUAUGAGUGUAAUGAUUGUAGCAUGGUUUCGGAUGCGGUUGAGGAUCCCAUAGAUGAUUUAUUCUCGCAAACAAGCAGAAACACUUAUAGCAGAGCCCCAAACAACAAUAACAAUAACAACAAUAUAAGUGUGAAUUUAAGUCGUGUACACCAAAAGCUGCGAGCACCCAGCUCCGAGUUGUCGUCUGUAGAGUCGGACACUGAUGAUGAUGCUGACGAUGAUGAUGAUAUGAUAUUUAAUUCCUUGGCUGCCAUUGGCAAGGAGAAUGAGUUAAAAAAAAAGACAACAGUGGAACCCGAACGACUGGCUACCCCAACGUCAUCAAGGCCAUUGCGCUCAAGGAAUGUUCACACAUUAAUGCCAAAUAACAAUGCUAACACAAAUGUCCCAUCGACUCGGUCAAGACGCAGACAAACAAUGCAUUCAACUACUCCAUCGGUGCGCAGCAGCUCUCGCCUCAGUGCCAACAAAGCUGAGGAGAUUAAAGGCAUUCUAAAGGAUUCCGAUUCCGUGGCCAGGCGUACAAGAAGUCGCAGUAGUGUUACUUCGGCAUCCGCAUCGCCUUCAUAUAAUGUACCUCGUGAAAAGUCUACAACAGUAUACAAAACUGAGCCAAGAUCUGCACGUAGGCGUACAAACGUUCCCACUAUAAGUCAAUCAAAUCCUUCGGGUGAUCCUUCAAAGCCUUCCACUCCACUGGACAUCUCAUGUGUGGCUAAUCGGACGCGGCAUCGUUUGCCGGUCUAUUUGGCCAAUCAUAAGUAAUAAUAAUAUUUUUUUCUAUUUCUUUACUAUUAAAGCAUUUGAAUUCUAUGAUUCCGUUAAUUGU